UUUUACUAGAAUGAAUGAAUGGCAUUAUUUUCAUAUCGGUAUUUCCGAGCAGGUAGAAAAAAACUUGCUCGGUCAGUUUAUUUUUUCGAAUUUUGUAGUUCCAAAUAAAUUGUUCAUUUAACUAUUGUGACUGGAAUUUCAAGGCGGUUUUUAUUGGAAGAAAGAGAUGAGUUUGAGGCUGGCGGCAAGUUUGAUGUCGACUCCUCUCCUUGGUUUGUUAUUGCUUCUGCCUAACUGCUGAUUGUCUGUCAUUGCAUUUUGUUUUGUGGAAAUAGUGAGUCACCGCACCUCAUAAUUUUACAAAAAAUAAUAUUGGAUACAAAACUAACCAAUUGUGCGCUAUUUUAUAAUAUUAAGUGUUAAGCGAUCGACAUAGUGAGCAGUGGUUAUUUUUUAUUGCUUGCAGAAACAAUACGUGAGUAAUACUCACUGAGUAUCGAGCAGCACCUUGUGACAUUUCUGUUCAUUCAAAAUGUCGACAAUUAUGGAAAACCUACGAUGUGGCGAAUGUUUAGAAGGAGAAAGACGGAACAUGAUUUCAUCCGUAAUAGCUGGCUUUCUGUUUUUCACUGGAUGGUGGCUGAUUAUUGAUGUUGCUGCACAAGGCCCUAGUUCCGCUGAAUUUCCAGUGUCAUACUACGUGUGUGGUGUAAUGGGGUCGUUAGGACUGUUCAUGAUCAAUUCAGUGUCUAAUGGACAACUCAGAGGAGAUGCUUUCACUGAGGGUUGUAUGGGUCCACGCGGGGCUAGAUUGUGGUUAUUUGUUGGAUUUGUCGUUGGAUUCGCUUCUCUGAUUGCUUCAGGAUGGAUCGUUCUUGGAGGCCACGGAAAUAAUGGGUACCAAAUUGCUGUCUUUGUACAAAACUUGUUCAUCUUUGCCAGCGGGCUAGUAUACAAGUUUGGUCGAUCUGAAGAUCUGUGGGGAUGAGUGACUCAUCCGCUACCGACUAUUUUCAUUAGGAAGACCUCGGCAAAUCUAGUUUUUGAGACUAACUUUCCAGUAGACCUACUUUUACUUUAGCAUCAUGUAUACAUAUACUGUUACUUGAAUAUGUUUUGAUCUUUUACGUAUCACAUCGAGCGAGCGGUUUGGAAAACUUAUAUUAUAAAUACUUAUUAAGGCUAAUUUAAUUUACAUGCGCAUAAAAUAAUGCACAAGGACUUUGACGAAUAAUUUGUAGAAACAGACGAUUCGUUUUUUUUUCUUUUGAAGUAUAUACUUAAUAUAAUAGUUUUAAUAUGAUAGUUACUGCUGGUUUUUAAUUAUGCUCCUUCGCAGAUAAUUGUACAUGGCAUGAACUUGUGUAUGUAGGUUUCUAAUUUAUAUUCAAUACAUUAUAUAUAUCAUCUAAUAAAGUAUACCAUUGUUUAUGAAGUAAAACCCAUGCUAAA